GAUGCUACCAGUAACACGUUGGACGAGAGCAUCCUUGUGGCCAUCGAGGACCGCAUCUGCUCCAAGAUGUUGAACAUGUGGCCGAAACUGCUCCGCAAGGAGCUGGGAACCCUCCACUCCGAAAUAUCCAGCCUCAAGGGGGAGUUGAAGGCCACCAAAGCCCAGGCCGAAAAGGCUGCGGAGAUGGCCAGCUCGGCUAUGGAAUCCGUGCGCUCCCUCUGGGCAGAAGUUGAGAGUCUUCGAAAGCUUGGUGCGCAGACCGACCCCGUCCAGCAGCGCUCGAAUAACGCAGGCGCCAGGACCAGCCAGGUCAUCGUCGGAUGCUUCACCGAAGAUACAGACCAGGAUGACGUAAUAGCUAAAAUCGAGGAGUUCCUGAAGGUCGGCACUCGGAGAUCCAAGGUGCAGGAGGUCUUCACUUUCGAUGAUCCUUGCCGCAUCGGGGUGAUCCAGUUCGUGUCGGAGGCCGCGAAGCGGGGCUUCUUCAAGAGCAUCCGGAAGGCCUCGAGGGAGAUCAACGGGGUAAAGCUCCGGUUCGCCGACAACCGUACCUUCCAGGAGCGGGGGCGAGACAAAGCCCUUUCCUAUGUUAAGCAAUACCUAGUAGAUACUGCUGGGCGUGACGCUGAAGACAUCCGUAUUUGGUGGAAGACCGGGGUGGUGAAGGCCAAGGGCACGAAAGUGGCGUGGGUUACGAAGGACGCUACGGUGCACACCUCAGAUGGUUGGGAAGAUAUGAAGACAGAAGUUCAUGGAUGGAUCGAGGAGUGGUUUGAGGUUCGUGGAGGGCGGAGGGAGGAGGAGGACGAGUAG